AUGUGGAACCGUUCAAAUGCCUUACUGAAUCAAGAGAAAAAAAUCAGCCAUAUCCUCUCUCUUUCCUUUGCAGUCCUUACUUUGGAAGGAAAAAUAACAGAAGUGAGGGGAAAAAUUCUCGCUACCAAUGGGAAAGAAGUCAAUUUUGAAACCACAUUAAAAGCAUGUGAACAUGCUGGUGGCUCCAUCACCACUCCCAAGAACCAGGAGGAAAACGAUGCUAUUUUGGCUAUUGUGAAACAGUUUAACAAAUACGCUUAUCUGGGUAUAAGGGAGAGUGAUGUUCCAGGUGAAUUCCAGUAUCUGGAUGGGAAACCUCUGAAUUAUACCAACUGGCAUGCUCAUGAGCCAAAUGGCAAAGGAGGGGAAAACUGUGUGGAGAUGUACACUGAUGGCAGCUGGAAUGACAGAAAAUGCGACCAGUACCGCCUCACUAUCUGUGAAUUUUAAAGCAUUUCCUCUCAG